CAGGGCGCUUCCUUGCGACAAACUAACAAGCUGUUUGAGGUACAACGUGUCUGCCAUGUCGCGGACGAGAUGCUCAGUCGCAUGUACGAGGUCAAGAACCACAUGGCCGAGUUUGAGGCGUACAUCCAGACCCAGAAGGACGAGAACAAGCCACUCUACCAAUGGGCCAAGUACACUGGAUACCGCGCUAUCAGCCGUGCGAUCUCCGGGCUUGACGAAGCCGCGACUUUGUUUGAGCCGGUCCACCUGCCCAAAGAAGAUGUCAAAGUGUACCUCAGAAAGGCGACGCAGUUCUCUCUCUCCGUCAGCAAGGUAGCCGUGUUCGCCAUGGGCGUGAUGGGCGCAAAGUUUGACACCUGCAUCGACGAGAUCGAGGAGUCCGAUUUGAGCGUCGAAGGCCAGGUCAAUGCGAUGAAGCUUGUCACCGCUGAGCUGAAGAAGCUGGUCAAGCACUGCACCAGAGCUACAGGUCGCGUCUACGCUACUUUGGAUCUGCUCCGAGAGUCGCUUACUGUUGAAGGAACCGACCGGGAGCUUGAUAUCCCCAGCAUCCAGAAGCUCAUAUCAGAGAGCGAAGCCCAGAGGCGCGCCUCACGUAAGAGCUGGAUUUGGACUGCGGCCGGUAUUCUUCUUAGUGCUGCAACGAGUGCUGCUAUUGGAAUCACUGCAGCGCAUCUCGGCCCAGCUGGCUUCGAUUUGGCACUCAACUCAAAUGGACGUGGCAACGGACUAUACGCCCAAGUCGUAGACCUCGUCCAGCGUACCCAAGCUGUCACGAAUCUCACCGGCGAGAUCUACUCGGUCAAGCUGCAGGACAUCGACGACCGAUACCAGGAGCUUGCUUCCCUCUCCGAGGCCCACGGGCUUCGCAUCGACAACAUCGUUGACGCUCUCGGUCCUUCGAACACAGAAGGACUCUACUACUCUACUACGCCGAAGCCGGACUAUCCAGUCCCCGACGCCGUAUAUCAUCACAUCCGUAAGAUCUCUGACAACACGGGACAACAUAUGCAGCGACUGUAUCAUGAUAUGGAGCAAAUGCGCAAGAAUAUCAACCGCAUGGAUCUCCGUCUCAUCAAGCGUCUCGAGAAGGUGGACCGCAUGGGCUAG